UCUGUUUCUAAAAGACUCACUAAGAUACGCACACAGCGGCAGCACAGGGAGGGAGGGAGAGAGAGAGAGAGAGAGAGAGAGAGAGAACUGUUUUCUACUAAGUUUGUUAAACUUUCCUCUGUGUGUUUUUCUAUUUUCAUUACUUUCAUCUCUCUUUUUUUCUUUCUCAACUAAAAACAGCUAUGCCACCAAAAGCUGGAGGAGUUUUAUAUUUCUGUUUUUCUUAAAACAAAACACUCCUGUUUACCGGAGUUGGAAUUUUUCUGGAACCCAGAAAGGGAAGGGAAGGGGAGGGAAACUUGGCAAAUUGAUUUCAUUUCAGAUUGGGAUAAAGAAAAAAAAAAACAAGGAGGGAAGUUUGUAACCCUGUCCAGUCUCUGGAUCUCAGCUAGGAUGCCAUCAUGGUUUCCUUGAUUGUCCAUCUCCUGUUUCUCUGGCUCUCAGUCCAGGGGCUGGUGUUAGCGGCCGAGCGCUCGGCAGCCAGGGAGCGAUUCAAAGUGGUCAUCGCCCCACUCAUCUGCAAGCGGACCUGUCUGAAAGGACAGUGUCGAGACACCUGUGAACAGGGCAACAACACGACCCUCAUCGGGGAGAAUGGCCAUUCAGGAGACACCCUCACCGGGCCAGGGUUUCGAGUCGUGGUGUGCCCUCUCACCUGCAUGAACGGAGGCCAGUGCAGCUCCCGCAGUCACUGCCUGUGUCCCCCGGAGUUCAGCGGACGCUUCUGCCAGUACAGUCGGCAGCCCCAUGGAGGGGGAGGUGCGAAGGGAGAGCAGGCAGCCAGUAAGCACCCUGUCUACACCCUGCACCUGCUCCCAGACCCCCAGAGCCCUGGGGAGCCCCCCGGGGCAGGCAGGCCACUCGCUCAAACCCACUCCAGCUUCACUGUACCCCUGGGGCCCGGCGCAGGGGCCAGCCAGCACUCCUCGGAAGUACAGGUCCAGCACCCUGUGGUCAAUGUGCGGGUUCACCACUCCCCCGAGACCUCAGUUCAGAUCUAUCGCAUCGACGAAGCCGAAGGGGGGCAGGGCAAGAACCCGCAGCCUAGCAACAAGCCCCCCCACCGCGGGCAGCCCCGCCUCUCUCCACAGACUCAGAAACCUCGCGGCCGCUGUUUCCAGGAGACCGUGCCGAAGCAGGCAUGCAGCAGUAACCCUCUCCCCGGGCUGACCAAUCAGGAGGACUGCUGUGGCAGUGUGGGGAACUCCUGGGGGCAGAACAAGUGCCACAAGUGUCCCAAACUGCAGUACACUGGUGUCCAAAAGACGGGACCCAUCCUGGGUGAGUUUGGGCCCAACUGUCCUCAAGGAUACAAGAGACUGAACGCUACGCAUUGCCAAGACAUCAAUGAGUGCAGAAUGCAGGGGGUGUGUCAGGAUGGAGAGUGUUUGAACACACAGGGCAGCUUCCGCUGUGCUUGCAAGCCUGGCUUUGUGCUGAAGCGCACUCGCUGUGUCGGCGCAGAGCAGCUGGAGGAGAAGGGUCCAUGUUAUCGGACGGUGCAGUCAGACCAGUGUGACCACCCGCUCUCCGGCCAUCUUAACAAACAGCUGUGCUGCUGCAGUGUGGGGGCGGCCUGGGGCAAGGACUGCGAGAGGUGCCCUAAGGAUGGGACAGAUGCCUUCAAGGAGAUCUGCCCUGCUGGGAAAGGCUUCAGCUACUACUCGUCCCACGACCUGUCAGUGCAGAUUUACCCUGACGGCAGUGCCCACAUUUACCACAAAUCCAAAACACUGGGGUCCGUGGACCAGGAGAUUGUUAUACCACCGCUCCCUGACAUGGAAGACCUUUCUGAGGAGCGUGAGGUCAUGACCCUGGCUCAGUUCACCAGUGUCACCACCAUCGGCUCACGCUACCCAGAGGUGGUAGCCAGACCCACAUCCCCCGCUGUGUUGAAGGUACCUCCCGAACAGCAUACAAAGAGUGCAGUGGAGAUUGCACCAACUCAAAUUACAGAGGUGGACGCCUGCAAGCUAAACAGGAAUAUCUGUGGGCAUGGCGAGUGUAUUAAUGGACAGGCAGGAUUCUUCUGCCACUGCAACACUGGCUACCGGCCUCAUGCCAUCAGCAAAUACUGCGUGGAUAUGAACGAGUGUGAGCUGGAGCCGUGUGGCAGUGGGCGUGGCCUGUGCAUGAACACGGGCGGUUCCUACACGUGUCGCUGCAACAGCGGGUUCCGGCUGCAGAUCCACCAAGGCAAGCGAACAUGCGUGGAUGUCAAUGAGUGCGCCAAACCCAAGAUCUGUGGUGAUGGGGGGCGCUGUGUGAACCAGCCCGGGUUCUACAAGUGUGACUGUUACCCCGGUUACAAGAGCAAGUCUCCUCGCCACCCCAUCUGUGAAGAUAUUGACGAGUGUCUGGACCCCAAUAUGUGCCCAAACGAGCGCUGUGAGAACCGACCCGGGUCCCACGACUGUAUCCCCUGCCCCCCUGGGCACCGUGGCCAGGCUCAAGUCUGCUACGACAUUGACGAGUGCCAGGGCCGGGGUGUGUGUCCGAACGGCCGCUGUGAGAACCUGCAGGGCUCCUACCGGUGUGUGUGUGACGAGGGCUUCACUUCCAAAUCCAACAGCAAGGCCUGUCGAGAUAUCAAUGAGUGUGAGGAUGAUCGCCUGUGUGCCAACGGGCACUGUGUGAAUACGGAGGGAUCCUUUCAGUGCCAGUGUUACCCAGGAUUCCAGCUGACACAGGAGGGCAGCCACUGUGAAGACACUGAUGAGUGUGCAGUGCCCUCUAACUGUGUGGGAGGGCACUGCAUCAACAAGAUGGGCUCCUACUCAUGCAAGUGUCAGAAAGGGUUCCAGCUCCUCAAUGGACGCAGGUGCCAGGACAUUGAUGAGUGUGCCCAGGAUCACAGCCUGUGCCAGCCCAAUGGAGUGUGUGUGAAUGUGGACGGAGACUAUCUCUGCGUCUGCAAUGAGGGCUACCUCAACUCUGAGGACAAGCACAGCUGUGAAGAGAUCGAGGUGGACUCUGAUGAUAAGAAGGAGUGCUAUCUGAACCUCGAUGACACCGUGUUCUGUGACAGUGUCCUGGCCACCAACAUCACCAAGCAGGAGUGCUGCUGCUCGUCCAUAGGCUCCGGCUGGGGGGACCACUGCGAGAUCUACCCCUGCCCAGUGCACAACUCAGCUGAAUUCUACUCUCUCUGCCCCGCUGGAAAGGGGUUCUACCACGCGGAGAACCUUCUGGAAUACGGAAUGCCUGUUCACAUAGAUAUCGAUGAGUGUGCUUUGUUUGGAAAUGAGAUCUGUAAAGAGGGCCGUUGUGUCAACACACAGCCAGACUACGAGUGUUACUGCCAACAAGGAUUCUACUAUGAUGGCAAUCUCCUGGAGUGCAUAGAUGUUGACGAGUGUCACGAUGAAUCGAACUGUCAGAACGGGCGCUGUGUGAACACCCGCGGGUCCUUCUACUGCAGCUGCACCCCCCCCUGGACUGCCGACACAUCCAAUAAGAAGUGCGUCCCUCCAGCAACAGUGGAUGUGGAUGAGUGUCAGGACCCAGCAAACUGUAAAAAUGGGCGCUGUGUGAACACACCCGGCUCCUACUAUUGCAUCUGCCCCCUGCCCUGGGCUCUCGCCCCCGACCGCAACACCUGCACCCCCCCAGAGGAGCAAGGAGAUGUGGAUGAGUGUCAGGACCCAUCGUACUGUAAGAAGGGCUUGUGUGUCAAUACCCUGGGCUCCUUCCACUGUAUCUGCGAGCUGCCACUCACUUUCAGCGCCGCGCUCAAGCAGUGCGUCUUUGAUGAUCGCACAGCUGCACACAAGGACGUCUGCUUCCAAUACGUGGGGCUGGAUCACAUGUGCAGCGCGCCUCACAAUGGACCCCCGGUCACCUACUCGGACUGCUGCUGUCACAUCGGCCGUGGCUGGGGCCCGGAGUGCCGAACCUGCCCCCCACGGCACUCAGAUAUUUUCAGUCGCUUGUGCGCCAUGGAUACAGACUCUUACGGAGAAAGAGAGUCCUUCUCUUUAGCAGACUACAAAAAUGAAGGAGACAGUUCGGAGGAGGAUUCUGAUGAGUGUGCCUGUCCGAAUGGCCGCUGUGUGCGCUCCUAUCUGGGGACGGCCUGUGAGUGCAACACAGGCUUCCGGCUUCACCACAGCAGGACCCGCUGUGUGGACAUUGACGAAUGUGCCGAGCUGAAUAAACGUGGCUCAUUGUGUAAGAACUCUCACUGCAUCAAUACAAGCGGCUCCUACAAGUGCUUCUGCAAACCCGGCUUCAUCCCGGCUCGGAGACCCAACAUCUGCAUGCGCUCACGGACACAAUAGGUCAUCCCUCCCCUCCCCUCCUCCUCCUCCUCCUCCUCCUCCCAACACCACACACCCCCCUCCCAACACAACACAAAAUACCACAACAUAUCCCCUCUCCCAACACAACACACCCCAACACUCAAAAUACAACCCCCCACCCCAACACCACACCCCCUCCCAACACAACACACCCCCGAGACUCAAAACACAACAAAACACAACUCAACACAACACACACCCCCGACACUCAAAACACAACACCGCACACCCCUGACACUCAAAACACAACACACCACACCCCCUCCCAACACAACACAAAACACACCCCUCCCUCCCAACCCAACACAACACACCCCCAAUCAACUGCUACACUGUCUACAAUAGGAGCAUAUGACAAGGUGAACGGAGAAGCUGGGAUAAUCAGAUCAAAGAGGAUACUGCAUGAGUGUUCAUACUGGUGCUGGAACGAACAUAAGGGUUCAUGUUCGAAUUUUACAACAAAACUUUAAUGAAUAUUCCAAUUCGGGGUGAGCCGAUACACAGAUUGUCCUAGUACUGAAAUUCCCUUUAAAAUGUUUUAAUUAAGUAGAAUACAACCUUUUAAAAUGGUCUUCAUUACUCAACUCAUAACAAACCUUCAGCUGUUUUCGUUGCUGAAAGAGAAACAUGUUAAAGGGAACGACUGAGAGAAUCCAAGUAUCACACAGCCCUUCAAUCAGCACUAAAAACUAACACCUGCCAUCAACAGAUACCGCUCUGGUCAUAAGUUUAGGAUCCCCUAGAAUUUUAUGAUUGAGACAAUUAAAAAUUAUAUGUAUAUAUAUAUAUAUAUAUAUAUAUAUAUAUAUAUAUAUAUAUAUAUAUAUAUAUAUAUGUGAACAUAAUGUAGAUCUUUUAUUUAACAUCAUGUAAUUAAAGAAACUACAAAAUGAUAUCGCAAAAGUCUACCGGAAGCCCUGAUAGUAGUGCAGUAUUUCAUGUUAGAUUUCUAAAUGUCACAUUUUUCAAUUUGUCUGUUUUUUCUUUUGUCAAGUAUAUGGGAAAACUACAAAGCAUAGGUCAUUCAAAAUUAGUUAAUUCCAUAGGGUGAUGCAAAACUUUUGGCCAUAGCUGUAUACCAGCUAGAACUUCACAGAAAUAAUUUUGAAUUAGCUGGAAAACAAUUUGAUCAUAUGACAAUAAAAUAUAAAUAUAUAUAGAGAUGCUACACUGUUACUUAUUAAAGGAGAGAAACAGUCUUCUGUAAAGCAGAAUAGUUGGUGUUUAUUUCAGGCCUAACGUAUGCAUUGGUUUGCGUUGCAUCUUAAAUUGUGUUUUAUGAACAGGGUCAUUGUUGCAACAGAACACCUUUCAAGAUUUUUUUUAACUAAAAUAUUUCUAAUGUGCAAAUUCUGAUUAUUACUGUGUAUACUGAGUAUUUACCUAGCAAUAAUUCAUUUCAGAAAAUAAGGACUCUGAGCAUUCAUGGAGAAUUCUGUUUAUAUAACAAUUACAAUGUAGGGAAAAGAAAAUGUGUUUAAAUGAAAUAGCUGAAUUCAUUCAUUUUUUAAAAAAAUCAAGCUCUGCAUCUGCUUAGCAUCACAGGGUAAUUUAGAAGAAUUCGCCCUGUCAUUGGAGUUGAAUGAACGCAACUUUCAAAAUAAUAAUGAUGAUUCAUGCUGUACCGUUAGACACAUCAUAAAUGUAUUAAACAAAAAAGACAAAAAAAUCAUGUUGCAGCAUUUGUUAUAUAAUAUAUUUCUUUUUUGUAAAAAAAAAAAAACCUGAAACAUUAAGAGAAAGGGCAUUUUGUUGUUUUGUAUGUUUUUCUUUUUGGUUCUCAAGUUGUUACCAAAUGUUACAUUUGCACUUUUAUUGUGUUUGGCCAUUAAAUUAUGUUGAAUUAGAGUA